AUGGACUACGAGGCAGACCGUCAGAAACGGGAGGUAUAUCGAUAUUUCCAACCGGAAAAUCCAGCGGCGCUUAAUGCAUCACUUUUCCAAUUUGAUGAGCAUCUGGCUGCAAUAGGAGAUUUUUCAAGAGUCACAACCCCUUUUGUACCCGAUGCCUCUGCCUCAGAGAGAAGUUUUGUCGAAGGCAGCUCUCCGUCAAGCCCAAAUACAACUUUGACUUCUUUUGCACAACUGGCCGCUCUACGCCUGAACGCGCAGCGUGCUUUUAUUACUGUAUUGAACAGCGACUCUCAGUUUAUAUUGGCUGAAGCCACAAGAAACACCAAUCUUAAAAGCUCAAGGUCAUCCGUUGGGGAAGGGGAUAGGCUCUUCGCUGGGACAUCGACAUUGUCAGAUUAUUGGAACAUAUGCCAGGAGACCGUUGCGAUUGACUCAGACAACAAAGAUGGAUCGUAUUCAUUUUUAAUCGUCAACGAUCUUCAGCGGGAAGAACGAUUCAGAGGAUUGCCUUUUGUGACACAAGAGCCACACUCUCGGUUUUAUGCCGGAACUCCCCUAACUAGUGAUAGCGGUAUCAACCUGGGCUGUCUGUUUGUGCUGGAUUCUGAACCCCGUCAAGGGCUAUCCGAUAUCGAGAAGGAUACAUUAGGAAAAGUGGCGGAGUUGGUAAUGGACUAUUUAUUAGUUAGUCGUCAAGCCGCAGAAGGGCGACGGGCCUCACGGCUAUCGCGUGGUCUCCAUCUUUUCGUCGAUGGCAACUCCAGUUUUGCCAGCAACGCUCACAUGUCGUCUCGAUCAAACAGCUCAGCACAUAGUUCGUCUCCGCAGGCAUCACCUCACCUCAGAACCCGCCAACCUAUAAGCCCCCAAAAUGAUGAAUUGGAAUUUUGCUCAGCACAGUCUGGACCAGGAAAUGCGUCUCGAAACGGCGAUGCACAUCCUAUGAGCUCGGAUUCUAACCAUAAUGAAAUGUGUGCUCCCCCCAGUCCAACGGAAUCGUUGCACAGCUCGCAACAGGACGACAGUAGUUCAGAGGAUUCCUCGAGCAGCAACCACUGGCUUUUCCAACGUGCUGCGAACCUCUUGCGACAAAGUCUGGACUUGGACGGUGCUGGCGGUGUCAUGUUCUUGGAGGCUAGUGACAACUCCUCUGAAUAUGUCGCAGCUGGUCAUAGUGACUCUGCUGGAUCCACAGAUCCUGCUCCUAUUCUUGCGCUGUCCACCAGAGGUGAUCCGUUUUCAUACCAAGCAAGCUCUACGCUGUCGGAUCCAGCUGUCAAUCUUGACAACAGAUUCCUUAAACAGUUGACGCGUCGCUAUCCUAAAGGAAAACUCUGGUCAUUUCACCGCGAUGGGACGUUCUCAACGUCGGAAGAUCAGUCAACAGACGAUUCCAGAAAGCAAAGGAAGAAGACCAAGGCUUCAGAGACCAGCAAACUUAAUGAGUUCUUCCCUGCUGCAUCUCAAAUCAUGUUUGUCCCACUGUGGAAUGCCACAGAUUCCCAGUGGUUCGCUGGGUGCUUUUGUUGGACUCCCCGGCCAACGCGGGUUUUCAGUCCUGCUGUUGAUUUGAGUUCAGUGUUUGCCUUCGGCUCUUCUAUUAUGACCGAAUACAGCCGUGUUGAAUCGGUCAUCGCGGACCGCCAAAAAGGGGAUUUUAUAAGCAGCAUAUCCCACGAAUUGCGCAGCCCGUUGCAUGGUGUUUUAGCUGCAGCUGAGUUUUUCGGGAGUACUACCUUGGACCAGUUCCAAGAAACCCUCCUUGAUACGAUAAAUGCAUGUGGUCGAACUCUCUUGGAUACAAUGAACCAAGUUUUAGACUUCAGCAAAAUCAUGUCAUUAGAAAGACACAAAAAAACCUUCAGGCGUGGAAAAGAUCCAUGGAAACCAAAAUCAUCUGAAGACACUGUGCCGCGCCUAGAUACAUUGGUUUUGACAGAUGUGGCUCUCUUGACGGAAGAUGUCAUAGACAGCGUGUGCUUGGGUCAUUCCCAUAUACAGAAGUCAGCCAUAUCCACCAAUCGUGCCACAGAUAUCUUGUCAACACUGCCUUCCAAAUCAACAUCAAAUACCAACAAAGUUGGUCAUAUCUCAGGAGUAGACGUCGUUGUUGACAUUCCUGAUAAUGACUGGAUGUACAAAGUCCAGCCGGGAUCGCUGAGACGCUUAAUUAUGAAUAUCCUUGGCAAUGCACUAAAGUAUACCGAAAAGGGUCGGAUCUCUGUUUGCAUCGAGGCCACUGAGCGCUCAAAAGGUCGCUCUCGACGCCAAGGUCUCGAAGAUAUGGUGACAUUGACUGUCUCAGACACAGGCACUGGUCUCGGCCUAUCAAUUGUUCGCGGCAUUGUGAAGACUCUUAACGGAAAAAUAAAUAUUCGGAGCCGACAGGGCGAAGGCACUAUUGUCAAAGUGUCGCUUCCUCUUGAACGUCUAGUGGGGGAGGAAAGCCCACAAUCAACGUCAGAAAGAGAAAAUUCGGACCAAAAUAUACUCACGGCAUCUUCUCAACCCCGACGUGCCAGCUGUAAUGGGAAACGAGCUGCUAUCUGGGGAAUCGACCUGUCUCAUCUUGGCGAGAAUCAGUUCUGGGCUUCCAUGGCUCGGUAUAUCACGGAUUGGUAUGGUCUAAGGCUUGUUCCUCUGUCUACCAAUGAGCCUAUAGAUAUUCUGUUUGCGGAUGAAAGGGAUUUGUCUACAAAAGAAAUACACAAUUUCCCACCAGAAUUGCCAAGUCUACUCGUCUUUUGCAGUGAGACUAGCGAUUAUGGUGAGUCUAGGGCACAAUGGUCGCAUCUUGCUGGCACUCUGGCAAUCCUACAUCGGCCUUGCGGUCCACGGAAACUUUCCCGUGGUAUCUUGAGCUGUCUUAAUACAAAUCCGACAGCCCCUACGUUGAAACCGCAGAAUCCCAGGCAAGGCUUAGUAUUUCCAGAGCGACCCAAUCCUACAGGCUCGGCUUUGCCAAUUAGACAGUCCAAUCCCUCAUUACCACGAAAUCUACGAUCACCAGAUGCUGAACCACCAAUUCCCAUGGCGGCAUCGGGCAAUUGCAUCAUUGGUCUUACAGGGCGUAGCGCUUUUGUAUCGACAUCGCGUACCGACAGCUCUGGCCGCACAACAUCCGGGAGUACUGAUUCCACCAAUCCUGGGUCUUUAUCUACUCGGUCUUCAUCUGAUGGCUCUGAUCAUGUCACUCCCUUGAUUGGGAGCCAAAGCAGGCCUCGGGUCUUGGUAGUAGAUGACAACAACAUCAACCUUCAUCUUAUGAUGACUCUCAUGAACAAACGAAAAGUCAUGGUCCUAGAUAAAGCCGAAAAUGGCAGAGCGGCCGUGGAUGCAGUCGAAAGGAUGUUGCAGGGAUAUGACCUUAUUUUCAUGGACAUGUCUAUGCCAGUUAUGAACGGAUUUGAGGCAACGCGCGCCAUUCGUGCAAUUGAGAAAGAACGGAGUGACUGUAUGCCAGCCACAAUAAUCGCUUUGACCGGACUCAGCAGUACACGCGAUGAGUUCAGGGCCCUGGACUCAGGAGUUGAUCUUUUCCUUGUGAAGCCUGUUUCUUUUAGGGAGUUAUCCAGGCUUAUUGAUGAAUGGGAGGCCAAACUGCCGAAAUAA